UUGAAUAUCGGCGGCAGCAGCUAUCGCAUUCGCACUCGCUCAAUAACGAAAUUUGGACCUAAAACUCUACUAGGUCGAUUUGUGCGAAUGAAUCACGAGCAUCGUAGACAAUGGGCUGAUUGGUACUUCGAAGACCAAGAAGAGUAUUUCUUCGAAAGAGUUCCGAGGUAUUUCGACCCGAUCUACGAUUUUUAUGCAACGGGAAAACUUCACGUUCCGAAGGAUCUUUGUUUCGAUAAGUUUAUGGCUGAACUACGAUUUUGGGCAGUUAGCAAAUCACGAAUGGAUGAAUGCUGUUCUCCAUUCGCUCAGUACUGCGUGCACAUUGAUUCACGCGGCUCGGAAAAGGACCAUUUCAUUGGGGUCCGAUGCGCUAACCUUCGUCGACGUCUCUGGCUGAUUCUUGAAGGUCAUAGUCAAUCACGAUGGUGGAAAGCUUUCGAAGUAAUCUCUACAUCGUUCGUAGUAUUAUCGAUAUCGGCAUUGAUACUCGGCUCACUACCGGAGUUUCAAGUUCCACAAAAAUCCGAAGACGGACAGCUGGUGUAUGCAACUGCCACUUAUCCGACUUAUCCGAAUGCUGGAGGUGGACUAACGGUUGAGUCACGAACGGUUGUCCGAGAAGGCGGUGAACAACACGUCGAAAUGACUGAGCAUCCGGUAUUCACUUGGGUAGAAAACAUUUGUGUGGUGUACUUCUCUUUGGAGUAUUUGCUACGAUUUCUGGUCGCUCCACGGAAAUUGGCAUUCGCACGGCAGUUCCUUAACGUCAUCGAUAUGUUAUCCAUUGCGCCGUUCUACUUUGAAAUGCUUCUUUGGCUUUGUGGCAUCUCUGGGGAAAACGUCCGAAAAGUACGAUGGGCCUUCUUGACGGUUCGUCUUUUGCGAGUGCUACGGGUAAUUCGGAUAGCCAAAUUGGGACGAUUCUCCCCAGGGCUGGCGAAUUUCGCAUUGACGAUUAGAAAAUCUAAAAAGCAAAUGCAAAUGGUGGGCGUGGUCAUGGUGACGGUUGUGAUUUUCUUCUCUACUCUUAUCUAUUUCCUUGAGCGAGACGAACCGGAUACGAAAUUCACCAGCAUACCAGCCACGUUUUGGUGGUGCGUAGUGACGAUGGCUACGGUAGGAUACGGUGAUUUGGUACCGGUUACAGUGGCCGGCAAAAUGAUUGGAAGUGGUGCCAUUGUAUGUGGUGUGAUGGUGCUCGCACUACCAAUCACUAUCAUGGUGAACAAUUUCAUGCAAGUUGUAAAGUUACGGGAAGAGAAAAUCGUUAAGAAAUACGCUCAGCAGCACGGUGAUCAGGUUUGA